GUGUGGUGAUACAAACAAAGAUGGAUGGACAGAACAAAGUAACUCGCUGACCGGUGGCUGCGCGGAACACGCGAGUGGACUUGUGUUAACUGACGCGUAAUGGUGCGCUUAUAGUCAUUUGUUUGGAGGCGCUGCGAUCAUCAUGGUGGUAGAGAGGACACUUCUCGCAGCAAGGCAAGGGGAUGUACAAACUCUAAAGGUACAGUUAGCUGAGAAGGUACUCAACAGUGAUGUGAAAGAUGUGUUGGGAGCGACUCCCGUACACCACGCCGCUCGAGCGGGGAAGCUCACCUGUCUGAGGUAUUUGGUUGAGGAAGCGGGUUUACCGGCGAACAGCCUGGCGAGGAACGGCGCAAGUCCUGCGCAUGACGCCUCAGCCACCGGCAACCUGACCUGCCUACAGUGGCUCGUGACGCACGGAGGAUGUCGAGCGGCCGAUAAGGACAGCUCAGGGGCCACUGUCCUGCAUCUGGCUUCUCGCUUCAGCCAUCAUGAGAUCAUUGAUUGGUUGCUCAAAAGUGGGGAAGGGGAUCCUACUGUUGCCACGGAUACGGGGGCGUUGCCUGUUCAUUAUGCGGCAGCUAAAGGGGACUUACCCUCACUCAGGCUGCUACUGGAACACAGCUCACAAGUUGUCAAUUCCCAAACUAAGAAUGGUGCCACACCACUAUACCUUGCAUGUCAGGAGGGCCACCUGGAAGUUGUCCAGUACCUAGUGAAGGACUGCGGGGCAGAGCCAAGUAUCAGAGCCAAUGAUGGGAUGACACCGUUGCACGCUGCUGCCCAGAUGGGACACAAUACUGUCAUUGUCUGGCUGAUGAGUUUCACAGAAAUCAGCCUGUCAGACAGAGACAAUGAUGGGGCCACUGCCAUGCACUUUGCUGCCAGCCGCGGCCAUGCCAAGGUCCUCAGCUGGCUGCUGCUGCACGGUGGGGACAUCGUGACUGACAGCUGGGGUGGGACACCUCUUCAUGACGCAGCUGAGAACGGAGAGCUGGAGUGCUGUCAGAUUCUGGUAGUGAACGGAGUGGAUCUGGGAAUACGGGACCAGGAUGGAUUCUCAGCGGCAGACCUGGCUGAAUACAACGGGCAUCAGCAGUGUGCCAAGUACCUCCGCACUGUUGAAAACAUGAGUGUGGGGCACCGAGUCUUGUCACGGGACCAUUCGACGGAUCUGGAGUAUAAGCAGCCAGACUCAGGCCUCUCCUCUCCCAACACCACCCUGCCCAUCUCAGCCCCUGCUGUGGCCCAUUUCGACAUUUGCUCACCCUCCAGCUCGCUGUCCAAUUACAACUCGGCAAACUCCAGUCAAUCCAGCACUGGACAGAAGAGGAGUGGCACGCCUCCCUCAAGAGCACAGACAGGAGGUGAAAAUUCAGCUAUUACAGACAUGCAGGCUUAUAUGGACAUGCUGAACCCUGAUGUAGCAGACGGCUCCCAGAAUGCACAGGAACAUCCUGCACACCUGCCGCCCCCUCCAACAUUUCCCCCUCCCCCUCCCCCAUCAAACUCCUCCCACAUCCCACAUAACCACCCCCCACCCAAACCACCUGAGGAGGAAGCGUCUGCCGAAUACUUGAAGGUGAAGAGAAACCUUCGCAGAGUGGAGAAUGAUGUAGUCAAAAAAGAGCUGAAUCCUGGCGAGAGCCACGAAAGACUUCGAAGAGUCGACUCUAAUCGAAAGUCCCGGCGCUUCAGCAAGCAGCCCAGCACUGGAGAUUACUACAAAACCCUGGGUAGCGAUACCGCAGAUCAGCACCCCAACAGAGCCAUGGCACCCAAUGAGGAGGGUUCUGCACUUUUGGAGGAAGCGUCAGACACGGCGCCUGCUCCUGAGAAUGGGACAGGAAACACAGAGGAUCUACCCCUUCCUCCUCCACCACCUCCUCCAGCCAUCCCGACUCCACCUCCUCCUCCAUGUCUUCCAUCAGAGCUGCCCCCUCCUCCUCCUCCUCCUCCUCCACCUACCACCUCCACCUCCACACCAGCCCCUGCCCAGCGCCGCAUGUCUUCUUCCUCCAGCAGCAAUAAAUCCUUCAACAUGAUGUCCCCCACUGGAGAUAAUUCUGAACUUCUGGCCGAAAUUAAAGCCGGGCCAAAACUGAAGCCAACACCUCAGAGUAAAGGCUACACGACCGUCUUCUCUAACAGUGGCACAGCGGCGGACAAUGGGGAACGUCCGUCAUCGCCACCAGAGCCUCUGCCAAAACCCCAGCCUAAAGACACCCAAUCUGUAAAGCCACUAUCUCCACCGCCUGUCUGUCCACCCACACCACCCACUCCCACCAGCAGCGGUGGCUCGCCCCAGAACCACUCCACCUCACAGAGCAGUGAGAAGCUCACAACUGCCAUCAAUGGAAACACUCCUGCCGUCCAGGGCAAGUCCAGCGUGGUGGACGUUGAGAGUCUGGUGCCCACACAUGAUGAGCAGGGCCGAGCUAUCCCAGAGUGGAGGAGACAGGUGAUGGUGAGGAAACUACAAGUGAAGAUGCAGGAGGAGGAAGAGAACAAGAGAAAGGCUGAAGAAGAGGCGGCGCGCCUGGCUUCAUUGCCUGCCUGGAGGAGAGAUAUCAUGAAGAAGAAGAUCGAAGAAGAGAAAAAAGAGGAGGAGCAACGGCGAAUGGAAAAGGAAAACGAGGAGAAGUCGGAGCUGGAGCGACUACGAAUGCUAGGCUAUGAUGAAACCAAGCUGGCACCGUGGCAGCGGCAGAUUAUUUUAAAGAAAGGCGACAAAGUGAAACAGUAGUAAACCUCCAGUCAUCCCAUCUGCUCUCGCACAACUCUCUGUCGAUGUAUAAAUGUAGGACACUGUUCAGAAUCUGCCAGACCCUUUAGACACAAACCAUGCAUGGGUCACCAGACAGCGUUCUGCUCGAUGUGCACUCCAGCAUCACGUCUUCUGAGUCUCAGUAUGUCCUAAAUGUGACUGAGCUCUGAAGAUGCAUUGUACUGUUGAAGAGUGAAAAUGAAUGAAACCAAUGUUUACUGUGGUCCGGUCUCAUGCCUAUGAUUAUAUAGCAGUCUGGAGAACUAAUAGAAACAUAGACAAUACAUGUCAAGGAUAGAAAAUAUAUGUCAAGGAAAUCAUAUGUACUCAGAAUUAAGACUUUUUUUUUUUUACUUUGAGUGGUCAUAAUCUGUUAAGUGUGAUUAGUCCUGAACAGGUGUUAUGGCGCAAUGUAUUCUUACAUAAAGUAAGUGACAUUUCUGUAAUGAUGCAUCUAUAUUGCUUAGAUAAAAAA